AUGGCUCAGAAGCAGGCGACCACACUCAUCAAGUCUCUCUGCGCGCGCGGCGCGGUCCGCCACGCCCGCGGCCUGUUCGACGAAAUGCCCGACCGCGACGUCGUGGCCUGGACGGCCAUGCUCUCCGGGUACGCCUCCAACGGGCGCCACCGGGAGGCGCUGGACGUGCUCCGCACCAUGGUCGCCGCGGGCGCCGCCCCCAACGAGUACACGCUGUCCAGCGCCAUAGCCGCGUGCCGCGGAGCCGGAGCGGCGGCGGCGGCGACGCCCCUGCACGCCGUCGCGGUGCGGCGGGGCGUGGACCGCAUGCCCUACGUCGUGAACGCGCUCAUCGACGCCUACGCGUCGCUCGCGGAAGGCGUCCGGGACGCGAGGAGGCUGUUUGAUGCGUUGGGGAGCGGGCGCACGGCCGCGUCGUGGACGUCGAUGAUCGCCGGGUAUGCCCGCUGGGGACAGGAGCGCACGGGACUGCGGUUGUUCAAGACUAUGCUUAAGGAUGGUGUUGAAUUGAGCCCGUUUACAUACUCUAUUGCACUCCAUGCAUGUGUGUCGGUAAUCGACUUAUGUCUUGGGCAGCAACUUCAUUUGCAGUGCAUAAGGAAAGCGCUUGAUGCAAACCUUGCUGUUGUAAAUUCUCUGAUUGAUAUGUACUGCAGUUGUGCAAGAAUUUUGGAUGCAAGAAGGCUUUUUGAUGAAACUCCUGAGAGGAACUUGAUCACUUGGAAUACCAUGAUUGCUGGGUAUUGCCAGUGCUAUCCUCUAAUGGCCCUGCAGCUCCUACUUGACAUCAAUGAAGAGCCAAAUUGCUUCACUCUAACUAGCAUUACAUCAGCCUGUGCUGAUCUUGCGGCUUUGAGAUGCGGGAAGCAGGUCCAUGGUGCUGUUCUUCGGAGAAGUUACAAUGAUGACCUACAGAUGUGCAAUGCCCUUGUGGACAUGUACUCAAAGUGUGGGAGCAUAGCAAAUGCAGAAAAGGUGUUCGACAAGAUGGUUUCCAAGGACAAGUUUUCAUGGACAUCAAUGAUUGCCGGGUAUGGAAUGAAUGGGUAUGGAAAUGAGGCCGUCCAACUUUUCAGUUCCAUGAUCCAUUCUGGGGUGCGUCCUGACCAUGUUGUGUUCCUGAGCCUAAUAAGUUCUUGCAGUCAUACUGGUUUAAUCGAUGAAGGAUGGAAUUUCUUCAGGUCAAUGAUAGAUGAGUAUAAUUUGCAGCCUAACAAGGAGGUUUAUGGGAGUGUCGUCAAUCUCCUUGCUCGUGCAGGUAGGCUGAGAGAAGCCUUGGAUCUAAUUGAUACAAUGCCAUUUGCUCCCAAUGAAUAUGUUUGGGGAGCAUUGCUUGGUGCCUGCAAGAUGUACAACAAUGUGGAGAUGGGCAGAUUAGCUGCGAGAAAGAUCACUGAGAUCAAUCCUGAUGGAGUGAAGAACUAUAUCAUGCUUGCAAAUAUAUAUGCUGCUGGUAAUAAAUGGGGUGAGUAUGCUUUUACCAGGAGGUUGUUGAGAGGCAUAGGGAGCAGGAAGGAGGCUGGAAUUAGUUGGAUAGAGAUAAUGGAUAAGAUGUAUAGCUUUACCACAGCUGACAGUAGCAGUCCUCAAGUUUGUUUGGCAGAUGAAGUGUUGAAUAUCUUGUCUCAACAUAUGGAUGAUGUUGGAACUGAAUGUCCUCACGUUAUUUUUUGAGUUGCAUGACUCAUUUGUGUGUAAAGGCUUCAUCAAUUGAAAUCAAACCUUUGCCCAAACUGGUGCUGGAGUUUGGUGUUGUGACAGUACCUGUUCAGAACCAAACAAUUGUAGACGAAAUCUUAUGAAAAUCUACAAGAGGUACCUCUGGAUCUUCAGAAAUUGUUUAAUUAUUGUUAAAGAAAAUACACCUACGUAGAUACCAAUUUAUUUGUUCUCUCUCAAUUUUAUGGUUUCCCACUUGCAUAUGGAAAACAA